GUUAUGGAGGUCAAGAUGAUUGCCAUAAUAAUAACCUGCUCAAUUUAGGCAAUUUGUCAAGGGCAUCAUAUCUAGGUUUAGAUGGAAUGAGAUCGUCGGAUAUGCGCAGGGUAAUUGCCGCUUUCCUUCUGGUAUGGGUCUCGCUCUCUCUCCUCUUCGUCAGCAAUCUCAAUCGACAUCUCCAGCGCCAGUCUAAGUCGCCGCGAUCUCCUGUUCCACGCUCUCUGUCCCUAGACGGGCGUGCGUUUUGUAGCGGGGGCACUUGCUUCCAUCGGCUCAGCCGAGGAAUUUGCAUCUCCGCGUCCGAGGUGCGCGUUUGUGAUGAUCGUCCGACUGGCUUGCCGAGAAUCCUGCGUUUCGAGGGCGAGCGAGUGACCCUCCCAGUUGUUUCAGGGGAAUGUAGCAGGGCAUCGGGAAGAUGGAUCACAGGCACGUCCAUGCUAGCAGACCAGAGAUUCCUCCCUUACCACAAGCCAAAUCCUCACCACGAGGCCGAGAAGCUCAUCCCGGCCACCUUACUGGCACACCACCAUCUCAAGAACAGCACCAUGCUCUACUGGUUUGCUUCUCCCGCAGACGUGUCCGACUGGGCCAAGGGAUUUUUGCAAGCCAUGGCUAUGGAGGACAAGGUGGAGUAUCUUCAACUCCCGCAACAGCACCAUGAAUCCAUCUGUUUCCAAGAUGCCAUACUCUUCUCGCCUCCAACAGACGUUCGCUACGUUCCCUCUUACCAUCACAACUCGUGGCUCCGGGACAAGGUUCUCGGCUACUGCUCACUGCCAAUUGUGAACGUAUCGGCAAUCCGGGUACCAAAAAGAGUUCUUGUAUUGGAUCGCAAUGGGCCGCGGCAUUUAGCAAACAAGGAUGAGAUUGUCCGCAUAGUAAGUCGAACUAUGAAAGUUCCUGCUGUGAAUGACUUUGCAGGGACUGGCUCCUUCUGUGAACAGGUAUCCAAAGUUGCCGGCGAGGAGUUUUUGAUUGUCCCUCACGGCUCACAGAACGUCAACCUCUUAUUUGCUCCUCCUGGUGCACGAAUCAUUGAGGUGUUUCCAUACCUCUUCCAAAACGACGCUCUCAGAAACUACACACACGCUGCACAAGUCCAUGUGUAUCCUCUCCUGGGAACACUUCCUCCACGAAACUUUAUCAUGCGUUUUUGGUCGUUGCUGGGCUGGGAGAUGUGCUACCACUGGGUCCGAUGGUGUAAAAACUACUCUCGCCAGCAGCCUAUUUUUGCCGACGUUGGAGAGCUCCAGUCUUUACUCGAAUCAUUUGCUCGGAGUUACACAAGGAAUUCGAAUUCCAUCCAUUGAGUUACAAACAUGUAAGCUUGUAGAUAUGUACUAUAAAACUUGUUCUUUGCUCAUAAUUUGCUCUUUUACAAGGAAGCUAAAACUCUUUAGACCCCAA